AUGGAUUUAUUAAGUAAAUUGAAUGAUUCAAAUUAUUCCAUUACAACCGAAGAAGGAUUAGAAGAAGAAGAAAGAUCAUUAAAUGAAAGUGUCGAUAGUAUUAGCACAAUUGGAAAAAAUAAAAAUUUAUUAAAGAAUGAAAAAAAUUCAAUAAAGCAAAAACAACCACACAGCGUUCAAAAAAAAAAAAAAGAUAAAAGUUUACAUAGAUUUUAUAAACCUCCACACUUUAUAAAAAAUGUAGAAACUCAACGUAUUUUGUCAAUACUUUGGGGAAUUUUAACAAUUUUAGCUUCUGGUACUCUUUAUGGUUUCAGUAUUAUUUCAAAUGAAAUUAGAGAUAAAUUAGAAUAUUCUCAAACUGAUAUUGGUCUUGCAAUUUCAAUUGGUGAUGUUGGAAUGUAUAUUGGGCUUACAGUUGGAUUCUUUUUCGAUUUAUUUGGACCAUUUUUUACAAAUGGAUUAGCAACAAUAUUUUAUGUUAUUGGUUGUAUGGGUGUAUGGGCAAUUGUAAAGGGUUAUAUAACAAGUAGUGUAUAUUUGUUAUCAUUCUUUUUAUUUAUUAUUGGUCAAUCAUCAUAUGGUAGUUUUACUGCAUGUGUUGUAGCAAAUGUUCAUAACUAUAGUAUUAAACAUAGAGGAAAGAUUAGUGGAGUCCUUGUUGGAAUGUUUGCGUUAUCAGCUGGUGUAUUUGGAGUAAUCUAUAAACUAUUCUUUAAAACUAAUUUAGAAGGAUAUUUAUUAUUUAUUGCAAUUCUGUUAUCAAUUGUAUCGUUUAUUGCAACUUAUAUUGUAAGACUUGUUAAAAUCGAAGGUGUUGAGGAACCUGAAAUUUUCGAUGAAACUAAUGAAAAUGAAGAUAACGAACAGCAAAAGAAACAACAAAAUGAAGCUUAUCAAUCUGAUGAUGAUAUUAAUGAAAAACAAAAAUAUAUAAUUUCAAAAGAUGAAGAAAGUAAUUUAAAUGGUAGUGGUAAUGGUAUUAUUACAAAUGGUAAUAAUAAUAAUACUAAUAAUAAUAUAUCAAACAACGAUAAAACUAAACUAUUGGGUGAAGGUUCAUCAUCAUCAUCUUCUUCAUUAUCUUCAUCACCAUCAAAUUCAAAUUUAUCAUCACAUCUAAAUUCAAUUGAUACUUCUAAUCCAAACUUUUUAGAUGGUAAAAGAGAUGUUUCCGGUUUAAAAUUAUUAAAAAUGGUUGAAUUUUGGGGCUUAUGGAUAAUUUAUUUCUUUGCUGGUGGUUGUAGUAUUAUGUUUUUAAAUAAUAUUGCAAUUAUGGCUGAAUCUUUGCGAGAACCAGAUUCAACACAAAGUAAUUUGGUUAUUGUUUUUUCAAUUGGUAAUUUAAUUGGUAGAGUUGGAAUGGGAUUUUUAUCAGAUUUAAUUUCGAAAAAAGUAUCAAGAUUUUGGUGUGUUGUUUUAUCAAGUUUAAUAAUUACACUAACUCAUUUAGUUUGUGCAUUUGAAUUAAAACCUAUAUUUUACCCAGCUACUCUUUUCACUGGUAUUGGUUAUGGUGGAAUUGUUUCAAUUAUGGUUUUAUUAGCAACAUUCAGAUUUGGUCCAAGAAGAUUUGGUCUUAAUUUCGGUUUUUUGGCAUUAUCUUCAGCUUCUGGUGCACUAAUAUUCAGUACUUUUAGCAGUAAGGUUUACGAUAGACUCUCUGAAAAUUCAAUUGAUGGUCAAUGCUAUGGUAAUCAUUGUUUUGUACUUUCUUUCAUUAUUAGUUUUUCUGUUAACCUUUUAUCAAUUAUCAUUGCAAUCAAUUUUAUAAAAUUUUAA